GAAAUUAACCGCAAAAUUAUGUAUGAAUUGUUGUGUCCAACAAUUUCAUCGGCAAUAUAACCUUAAGUAUAUCAACAAAUAUUACGUGUUUUUACUGAACGCGCCGCCGACCAGUCGUUUGCUGCACGUGUCUGGCAGUGGUCUACGGGCGCCCGUCAAAGACUACUACGAGAUACUGGGUGUGGCCAGGAAUGCCUCGCAAAAGGACAUCAAACGGGCCUACUAUGAGUUGGCCAAACGCUAUCAUCCGGACACCAAUCACGGCAAUAGCGAUGCUCAGCAACGGUUUCAGGAGGUGGCCGAAGCCUAUACAAUACUGUCGGACGACUCUCGUAAGGCCCGAUUCGAUGCGGAACAGUCGCAACCGGUCGGCGCCCGCGACGAUGACUUUGACGGUGUCCGGCGGUCGACAUUCAACGAAUCGUUUCAUUCGACAGUAGACGCUGAGGACAUGUUUCGCAAGAUUUUCGGCAACUUUAAGGACGAGUUCGGUAAAGUCAAACAAGUAUGGGUCGACUUUCCCGAGAAUGCCUACGGUUUUACACCGACACAGGAGAUACACUGUACGCUAACGUUUCGCGAGGCGGCUCAGGGAUGCGAUAAAGUGGUCGAAGUCAAUGUACAGGACGAGUGCUACAAAUGCCAGGGAUCGGGUGUAGAGCCGGGUCGUUACGCCCAAACCUGUCCUUUCUGUGACGGUGUUGGCUUAGAACAGUUAAAAGGUCAGGCCAUGAACUUGAGGACCACUUGUCGCGUUUGUCGGGGCACUGGUCAGUACAUCUACUGGAAGUGUACGAAUUGUCACGGAUUUGGACAUGUAAUCGAUAAGCGUCGACUGAUAAUACCGGUGCCGGCCGGUGUCGAAGACAUGCAGACAAUGCGGGUGGAAGUGGAGGGCCAGGAGAUGUUCAUUACGUUUCAUGUGUUGGUCAACAAAUACUUUCGACGGGACGGCUACGACGUUCACACCGAUGCCAGUGUAUCGCUGGCUCAGUCAGUACUCGGCGGUAAUAUUAAGAUUGAAGGUGUGCACAGCGACAUAAAUCUGGACAUACAGGCGGGAACCGAUUCGCACACUGUUAUGAAGUUAUCGGGAAAAGGUUUGAAGCGUACCGACGGUCGAUUUGGUUACGGCGAUCAUUACAUACAUAUUAAGAUUGAGAUUCCCAAAAAACUGUCACCAAAACAACGACAACUGAUGGUGUCGUACGCUGAGCUCGAAGAUCAUACGCGCGGCACAAUUACCGGUGUCGUGAAAAAGACAAAUAUUACUGAAGAUACUGAUGCCUACUCUGGUCGUGAUAUUGACAACAAUAUGACGUCUGAUACUACUGUCGUCUCUCCCCUUAAACGUAUUGCCAAAAAUAUUUAUAGGCGACUAUUUGUUAGAAAUACAGCAUAGCGUGGAUAGACGGGGGGUAGGCUGAGAGGAUACGGUAGAUAAAUUA